AUGAAAAAUUAUACAGCCAUAGCAACAUUCAUCCUGGUGGGACUGACAGAUGACCCAAACCUACAGAUUCUGCUUUUCAUCUUUUUGUUUAUCACCUACCUGUUGAGUGUUGUUGGGAACCUGACCAUCAUCACUCUCACCCUGGUAGAUUCCCACCUUAAAACACCCAUGUAUUUUUUCCUCCGGAAUUUCUUCAUCUUGGAAGUGUCCUUCACUACCGUCUGCAUUCCCAGAUUCCUCUACACAAUGGCAUCUGGGGACAAUACUGUUACCUACAAUGCAUGUGCCACUCAGUUAUUUUUUGUUGUUGUCCUGAGUGUGACUGAGUUUUUUCUCCUGGCGGCCAUGUCCUAUGACCGCUAUGUGGCCAUCUGUAAACCCCUGCACUACACGACCAUCAUGAACCACAUAGUUUGCAUCAGGUUCCUCAUUGGCUGUUACGUGAUUGCUCUAGGCAUUGCCAUCCCACCGUUUGGCAUGGGCUUUGAGCUUGAGUUUUGUGACUCUAAUGUCAUAGAUCACUUUGGCUGUGAUGCUGCUCCCAUCCUGAAAAUUACUUGCUCCAACACAGAGCUUCUAGAGCGAUUUGUCUUGGUCCUGGCUGUGCUGACGCUCCUGUUCACCUUGGUGUGUGUAAUUAUGUCCUACACACACAUCAUCAGGACCAUCCUCAGAUUCCCUUCUGCCCAGCAAAGGAAAAAGGCUUUUUCUACAUGUUCUUCCCAUAUAAUUGUGGUUUCUAUCACUUAUGGAAGUUGCAUCUUCAUCUAUAUUAAACCAUCUGCAAAAGAAGGGGUAGCUGUUAAUAAGGUGGUAUCAGUGCUUACAACCUGGGUUGCACCGGUAAUGAAUCCCUUCAUUUACACUCUGAGGAACAAGCAAGUGGUACAAGCUUUCAAAGACAGGAUCAAAAGGGUUGCGUCUAUCUCAAAAAACUAA